AUGCGGAUGAUGGUUCGCACGCGGGGCACGGAGAUGCCCACUUGCUCGGCAAUUUCACUGUACGUCAGUGGUGGGCUGGCCUUCUGGGCCAAAUACAACGCCCGGUCCACUUGGGCUUGGUUGAUGAUCCAACGCCGGCGAGUGGACAGGCGCACCGCCUCAGCCAGCAGCCACCGGGCCAGGUCCUCGGAGGUAUUCAAGUGCGAGGCCACCUGGGCCGGGGUGAUGGUUGGCUCGACCUGCAGGAUGGCCAUCGUCUGGUUGAUGAGCUCCGGCGGCAGGGGAGAUGCUCGAAUUGUGCGCCGCACGUGCAGCACAACACGUCGCGCCACAAACAGCGGGAUAUCCAACGAAUUGGCCACAUCGGACACUCGGACUGUCGGGUCCGCCCGAAGCAGCGCCAUUACCUCGUUGACCAGCUUCUUGUCCAGGGGGGUUGCCCGGAGGGCGGCUCGACUCUCGCGCAAGGCCCGCCGAGCCAGGUCUAUCGGCAGGUCCAGCUCCGUGACAACGUCCUCAAGGCGACUUAGGGGCUUUUCCCGGAGCAGGUCCGUCACGCGACCGAGCACUUCGGGCGGAAUGGGCGGCGUGCGGAUAGACCGCACAGAGCGUCGGACCAGCGACAGCGGAGCAUCCAGCCGCUUGGCCAUGACGGCCAAGCUCAAAUCCGGCUCCUGCUCCAGCAGCCGUGCCACAUCCUGCUUGAGCCCCUCGGGGAUGGGCGGCCUCUUGUAA